AUGGUAGAUGAGUCAAUUUCACUGAUAAAACAUGUUCCUAGUUUUGCAAGAGGUUUUAGAAUUCUGCUAGUGCAUGAUGACAAAAUUUCACGUUCGUAUCUCUCAGCAAUUCUUCAGCUAUAUUCUUUCAAAGUUACUGCUACAAAUAAUGCUUCCGCUGCUGCAUCCAUGAUCUGGCAUCAAGAAGGAACGUUCAAACUGAUCAUGGCUAAAGCUGAUAUGGCUGACAUGGAUAUCCCUUCUUUUCUGGAUGUAGCAGUUGAAAAGGAUGUUCCUAUCAUCUUUAUCUACUCUGGAGUGUUUGAUGAUGUAAAUAGGAAAGCUUUAGCUACAGGAUUGUGUUAUUUUCUUCAGGAGCCAAUCACUCCCAAUGAUCUUCGAUAUCUCUGGCAACAUCUGUAUCACUCAAGACCCUGUUCACCCAAAAACACUCAAAACGCAGGCUUACAGAAUACCCAGGUGACAAAAACCCAAUGUCAGGUUCUUGGAGAAAAAAGAGGAAGAAGCGAUGCUGAUACAUGGACCCUUAACAACACAAUGCCAACCACACAGUGCAAGGGUAACAAAGCAUACGGAAAAAGAAACCAUGAUCACUGUGAAGGCAAGAAAAAAGAAAAGAGAUAUGUUUUGCACGAAAAGCCAGAUUCUUUGGGAUCAGCCAUGAUGAACAUUAACAACCCCAAUGAACAUUUCAGAAUGUCCGAGUCCAAAAAACGUUUGAGUGUUUGGACUCCUGAGUUGCAUCAGAAGUUUUUAGAUGCAGUGAAAGAAUUAGGAGAGAACAUUGCUCGUCCAAAACAGAUAUUAGUUCGGAUGAAUGUCAGUGAAUCUUACCUCACUGUUCGCCAAGUUGCAAGUCAUCUGCAGAAAUAUAGAUUGCGGCUGAAAGUUGAAGAGAGCUCUCGCAAUUCUUAUUUGCCUAAAGUAUCAUCCUCAAGACACAAACCCAACUCUUCCUCAUCUGAAGGAUCGCAAGCCAACACUGAAAAAAGAGCUUGGGAUCCAGAUCUCGCAGCACCAAACGUUUUCUUGAACGUGAACCAUAAUCAAGAUCAGAUUCCAGUGAACAGUGUGGGAAUGGAAUUCACAGAUUCUUGGGAUUCACAACCAAUGACAGGGGCUUCAGUGGAUUCGAACAUACCUAGGACUGAGUUCUGUGAUUUCGUAGAAACGUUUCUGGAAGACUCUGACUGUUUUAAUUUGUAUAAAUAUGAAACCAAUCUUGCUGCUGUUGAUCAAUGCGCUGAGAUGCUAAGAAAAGUUCUAGAAGGAAGGGGUUCCUCAUUGAUUGAACUUUCAAAUGGAAGCAUAAAUUUGGAGCAAAAUGAGAAACUUUCUGUUAUGUAG